UUUGUCGGCGAUCCUUUUACUUUAGAAGAGACAUGGUACUACAUGACGGAGAACACGUGAUAUUCGAGAACAAUUUGAAGAGUAAACUUAAGGUUUUUGAGACGAUAAAUAUAAUUUACUUGAUUUCUAAAGAAAUUAUAACAAUUAUGAAUCUCAAAGAAAAUUUAUCACAUUCGAGCACUGUUUGUAAGCAAGAUUAUAAUACGUAUAAAUUUCCUUUUAUUGGAUUGGAUGAUAAACCAUAUGCUACAAAAUGUCUUUUAUGCGAUAUAAAAUUUGUUCUUCCUGACAAUGAGAAAGAUCUGUUGACCCACUUAUUUAAAGAACAUAGGCUUGUAAUAGGAGAUAUUUGGAAUAUCGCUAGUUUAAAAAGCUAUGUACAUUACUGGGGUGUUAAAUUUAAAGAAGCAGCCGUAACAACGUACUGUACAACUAUGUUAAUGGACUGCACACCAGACGGGCAACCAAGUAAAAAUGAAAUAUACUUUUUACUUUCUGAUUGCAUCUUGGAAGAUAAGACAUUAAGAGAUGAAAUACACAGAGCUAAAUUGGAAUGGGUUUUAUCAGAACAAACCAAAGAAAGGACUGACACUAACUUCAAACGUGGUUGUAUUUUUUGCCGAAUGGAAUUUUCAGGAUUACGUAUCACAUACGUGAAACAUUUGGCACAGAAACAUAAUUUAUACUUAGGAAAACCAGAUAAUCUGGUAUUCAUUGAUGAAUUUUUAGAUAAGAUUGAGAACACUAUUGAAAACUUGGUAUGCAUAUACUGUGAAAAAAUAUUUAAAGAUCGCACAGCAUUAAAAGAACACAUGCGCAAAAAAUUGCAUAAACGUAUAAAUCCUAAUAAUAAAGAAUAUGAUAAAUUUUAUAUAAAUAAUUAUUUAGAACCUGAAAAAUCAUGGAGACAUAAACAGAGUAAUGUGAAAAAAGAUGACGCGGUAGAAGACCAAAGUAGCGAAGAUGAGGGGACGUGGUCUGAUUGGAAUGAUGAAAGUGUUCGCAUAACUUGUUUGUUCUGUACUCACACUGAUAAAUACUUUCAUCUGAUUCUUUCUCACAUGAAAACCGAACAUCAAUUUGACUUCCAAGAGACAUCUAAAGAUUUAACAUUCUAUCAAAAGGUGAAAGUAGUUAACUAUGUAAGGAGACAAAUUCAUUUGCAACAUUGUGUUUUUUGUGAGAUAGAAGUAGACAAUGUUUUGGAGCAUAUGAAGCAACAAAAUCAUUUUAAGAUACCCAUACAAAAAGUGUGGGAUCAGCCGAAAUUUUAUUUCCCUAUGUGCGAGAAUGAUUCCUUUUUAUAUAAUUUGGAUACAAGUAGUAGCAGCAGCAGCAGCGAUGAGAAAACCGAUAUUGAAAGUACUGCCAAAGCAAUGGGGAACCUUUGAGCGUUGUAAAUGUUAAUAAAAACGAGAUACAGUCAAUAAAUAUUUAUUAAACUUAUUAGUGCAACAUACUGUUAUGUCACACACGUACACUGCACUUCUUGAAAAUUGAUGCGUUUAUCUAGAUGGUUGAUGAAAAAUUCCAAACAAAGAUAAAUGCAAAAAAACGCAAAUAAUAAUUAAUAUAUUAUAGUCACUGUAUAUAUGGAGUGGUCUUUGAAUUAUCGAUGUGAAUAUAGUUAAUUUAACUGUGUUUUAUCUUUUUAUCAUUUUAUUCCAUAUGUACAAACAAUGACAUAUAUAGUCACACUGUUUCUUGGAAUAAGUUAUUCUUUAAAUAACAUUCUAAAAGGAAAUAAUUGCAAUGAAUGAAAUCGGAACGAUGGAAAAUAAAGCUAAAGCAUACUGUUACUCGAAUUUUUUUCGAAACGAUACUAUUAGAUUGAAAGUAGUAGGUAUUAUAAACAGUAUUGCUUUCCAGAAAGCUCGAAUAUGCGCC